AUGGCUGCCUAUAUCUCGCCGUCUCCAGCGUCACUGGUUUCCUCGUCCAGCAAUUCUCGUCGACCGCAACGACCUGCAACGCGACCCUUAACAGCCCGUGCUCAUCAAGGUCCAACUGUAGCACCCUAUACUAAGCAACAAUUCGACCAAAGUAUUACGGGAGACAGCUCGGACGAUGAAGAUCUUGCGCCCAUUAAACUAAGCGCUGAGGCGCAAGCUAUUUUAGGUGAAGACAAUGAGCAAUUGGGAGCCGAGAAGGAGAACGUACAACCAGAUCGACACAAUGUGAAGCCGUCUGGCGCAGGUUACUCUAGGAGAAGAAGCAGAGGAACGCCACUGGAAAUUUUGAGAUCCUCAAGUCCACCUCAUCAAAGAGAUGGUAGUCCUGCCCCUCGAAACAUUUCUGUUAGCUCCGCGUCUCGCCCUGUGCAGCCCGGAGUCUUGGGAAGAGAUGGAUCGUUCAUGUACAAAAUCCAUGACAAGUCGUCAGCAGGUGAUCAUGCUUUACGCCACAUUUCAGAAACGCCGGCACCUAGAGUCCGGCGUAUCCGUAUCAGUGAUGCCAGGCGGCUAUCGAGAUCUCCUCCAUCAGGUGAGGCGGACAAGGGCGAACAAGUCGAGCAGGCUCCCGAAACUUCAAAAAGGUCAAUCAGCCCAAGAUCUAGCCUUCGCGGACACCUCGAUGAGCAGAAUUCUGCCGUCCCGUCGACAAUCAGCCGAUCUCGAAAACCGGACGAAAAUGGUGCUCAAAGUACCAUGCGAGUUCGACGAAUCGGAGGCGCGUUACUGAACAGACCUGUAAGAAGAGGCAUGGUGCGUCGUCCCAGCGAAGACGAGGAUGUUCAUAUGGAAGGCCAAGAUCAACCACAGCCUGAUACUCCUGAGAUGGAAAUGGGUCGACGAGCCAAAGAGCCUGAGUUACAAGAUUUGCCCGACGAUUUGCUUGCGCUGAGGGCAAGUCCUGAAGGGCCAGCUGAAUAUUCCCUAGGAAGCACUUCUCCCAAAAAGAAAGAACCCGUUGUAUCACGAGUUACUUCGCCGUCCCAACCGGGAUCGACUCACCAAGCCAACCCUACACCUGCUGUGCGUCAUUCUCAGUCCUUGUCCAGAUCAUCGAGCUCCCAGAAAAGACCUGUUUUCAAAAUCCCACCUUUGCCAGCCCUUCCGUUGACGGAAGACCAGGAGAAUGAGCCUCCUCCAACCUUUCGAAGGAGCAAACCAUCGGCGGCAAUCUUGGAUUUUCAAGAAGACGGUGCUCCACUGGAGAAGAAACAGGUUGCUCCUGGACCUGCACCAGCCCCACCGCCAAAAAUGUCCAUUCUUGAUGCAGCGACGUCGAAUGCGGGCUCUCGCAACAAGAAAUCCGUCCACUACGUGCUGAACGGAAAGACCUAUCGGCGGCUUGAUUGCAUAGGCAGGGGUGGUUCGUCAAGAGUUUUCCGCAUCAUGGCAGAGAAUUACAAGAUUUUCGCCCUCAAACGAGUGAAUCUCGAGGAAGCCGACAUGGCUGCAAUCGUAGGCUACAAGGGCGAAAUUGACCUCUUGAAAAAGCUCGAAAACGUGGAUCGUGUUAUCAGACUUUACGACUACGAGAUCAACGAAGAAAAAGGGGUGCUCAGUGUCAUGAUGGAGCUGGGCGAGACCGACUUUAACAAAAUGCUGAAUGAGCAACUGAAGACCGAGAAUGCCAAACUGGAUAUUACUUUCACCAGGCACUAUUGGAAAGAAAUGCUGGAAUGCGUCCAGGCGGUGCACGAUUACGACAUUGUUCAUUCAGACCUUAAGCCCGCCAACUUCCUUCUCGUCAAGGGUCAACUCAAGUUGAUUGAUUUUGGCAUUGCUAAUGCUAUCCAAGAAAACACAGUCAACGUGCAUCGAGAAAAUCAAAUCGGCACGCCUAAUUAUAUGUCUCCAGAAUCCCUGGUUUGUCAUACGCCCGCCGCGGGAUCACAGCAACCCCCGGGCACGAAACUACUCAAACUCGGCAAGCCCAGUGAUGUUUGGAGUCUGGGUUGUAUCCUUUAUCAAAUGACCUACGGCCAACCCCCGUUCGCCCAUAUCCAGAAGCAGUUCGAGCGCAUCAUGUCCAUCCCCAACCCGAAGGUCGAGAUUUCAUUCCCGUCCACAGGGAUUGGUGGGUCUGUGGUUCCCUUUGGGCUCAUCAAGACCCUGAAACGGUGCCUCACGCGCGAACAAUCUCUGAGGCCCACGAUCAAGGAGCUAUUAUCUGAAACGGACCCGUUCUUGAACCCUGUCGCCAUUUCCCCGGAGAUGUUGGGCAGGGUGAUCGGGAAUGUCGUGGGCUAUUGUCGACGAAGAGAGGAGGCGUUGAAAGCCAAGGGCGAGAUUGUGUGCAAAGAAGGAGAGGAAGUCAGUUGUCUGCCGAGUGACCAGGAGAUGGUUGGCUGGCCUGGAGCGUUUUAUGAGAAGUUGCGGCAGGCGAAUUUGGAGGGAACAGCAUGGUAG